AUGUCCUCCCAAUUCUUGCAGACAGAGAUCGCCAAUUUGAUCCAUGAGUCUCGAAGAAAGAACUCCGAUUUGCGAAAUGCCGCUGAACAAUCGUUGAAUGAGCUCAAAGCAUUACCGUCAACCUCAGAGGCUCAAAUUGCAGCAGACCUUGUUCGCAAACCGAAUUUCGUUGAGCCAUUCAUCAUUGCAUGCCAUACUAGGCAUGCAAAGCUUGCUGGAAUUGGUGUGAUAUGCUUACAGAGACUAAUUGCAUCUCGCUCAUUACCUUCGAGUCGUUUGAAAGAUGUCCUGGGAGGCCUGAAGGAGACAACGAGCUUGAGCCUUGAUAUUCAGCUCAAAAUCCUACAGUCUCUGCCUUCGCUUUUGCAAUAUUAUUCCAAUGAACUGAGCGGGGAGCUUCUUGCGAAUACGUUGGAAAUAUGCGCCACGUUACAGGCAAGCAAAACAACUGCAGUCUCUAGUACCGCUGCGGCUACCCUCCAACAACUAGUAGUAUCGAUAUUUGAGAGAGUUUCGAGUGAAGACAAUCUUACUAAUGAUGCUAAACACACUACAACCAUCAAAGUCGAUGGGCAGCCGCUCGCCAUCGGCUACUUCGCCUACGAUGCAUUACGAGUAUUGGAUGAUCUCUGUCGUCUGAUCGAUGGUGAGCCACUGCAGUUUCUGCGAACACGAACCCUAUCCCCGACUUUUGUGCUCGAACUUAUCGAGAGCAUUCUCCUGAACAGCGGCCGUCUUUUUGUGGGACAUCCCGAACUUUCGCAAGUGCUGCGUGUGCGGUUGUUACCACUAGCCGUCCGUUGUCUAUCUGAGAGGUAUUCAUUCGCUCAAACCGUCCGAGUGGCCCGAAUUCUUCUCAUUCUUCUGAAACGCCAUAUGUCUCUCUUGACCGCAGAAUGCGAGAUGGCAUUGAGUCUGAUAACCCAUCUCGUUGAGCCGGAUGGGACAGCACCUUGGAAACGACUGCUUUGCAUGGAAGUCUUUCGAGGGCUAUACUCCGAGCCGGGUGCCGUGCGGCUAAUUUACACUCUAUAUGACGGCGAAGAAGGCAGAAAAAAUAUCCUCCGCGACCAUAUGGCUGCGCUUGUUCGGCUAGCUUCAGAGAAGCCUUCGUUGAUUGGCGUCAGCAAUCAAUCAACAGUACCUUCGCGCGCGGAACACUCAAGGUCCACCACAGAGGAUCAAAUAACUCUUGAAACCGGCGGGGUUGCUGGUGUUAUUGGGUCAACUGUCCCUCCAAGUGAAACCAAGGUGCCUGGAAUUAGCACUCAGUGGAGUGUUGUUCGUACGCCAUAUAUCGAUCUCCUUGACAAGACAGACCCGCCCACACCGCCAGACACUUACAUCUACAGCCUUGUUCUGAAUUGUAUCAGUAGUUUUGCUGAGGGGCUCGCGAAAUUCAUUCUCCCAUUGACGGUUCCUGAUUUAAAGCAAAAACGCAAGAAUCGACUUAUGAGCCCCGCUCAAGGACCCGACUCUGCCAGGUCUUCCCAGGAUUUCACAGCAGAACCCCCCCGGGUUCAGUCUAGCUCGCCGUCGAAAAAAUCACAUGUUCCCAUAAAUCCUCUGGACCUGCAGUCUCAUAUACAGUACUCUGCUAUCAAGACCUGUGCGGGGAUAAUAGAGAACUGUUGGCCUGCUGUCCUAGCGGCUUGUUCUACAUUUUUGCGCGCAUCCUUGGAUGAUGAGUAUUACCACAAUCUCGUUCGAGCUUUCCAAAAGUUAGCUCAUGUGGCGGGUCUUCUGAGAUUGGCUGUUCCCCGGGAUGCUUUCUUAACAACUCUUGGGAAGGCCGCCACCCCUGCGAGUGCAGGUGGUGCCAAGUCACACAAUGUGUCUGCCACUGGCCCACAGCAAAGUGAUGCACUCCAAAAGAAACGAAGAAGUGCGGAUAUGUCAAAUUCCAGUUCUUUGGCAAUGGAAGCUGCAGCAGCAACUGCAGGGGAAGGGUCACCCGUGUCUUUAAGCACAAGGAACCUCCUUUGUAUGCGGGCUUUACUUAACCUCGGAAUUGCUCUGGGGCCGACAUUGGAUCAGCCGGCUUGGUCCAUAAUUUUUGAGACACUUCAAUAUACUGGACUGGUGAUUGGCAUGUCCUCAAGCGCGAUGGUCAAAUCGGCUAGUGGGACUGGGGAGACUUCAUUCACUCCAGGAAACGACGUUCCGACGGCUAAUCUUGGGACUGAGGUAAUUGCGGUCCAGGCGGCUUCUAGCAAAAUGCUCGAAAGCACUAGUGAUUUUCCAAGUGCAUCUUUUGAGGAAAUAGCAUUGGCCUUGUUAAACCUGUCAACAUUUACAGAACAGCAUCGCAACCCAAGUGAUACCCAUGAAGUACCAGAAACGCCUCGAACGCCGCAAUCUUCCCAAGGAAGUGGACGCUUACACCAAAAUUCUCGGCGUGUAUCGCAUACCGUCGGAAAAUCAAGAAUGCAAGACGAGGAACUUAAAUUUGUGUUAGAAAAAGGGAACGAACUGGCCAAGGCAAACCUUGGAAGACUCUCGUCGCUCGAAGAAGAGGACAGCAAAGCAUGGGAGCUGGUGACGCAAAGCCUCAUCUCGGCUUCCGCAAAUACUACCGUCAGUCCGAAUCUUCGCCUGCAGGCAAGCGCAAUUCUGAAUUCACUUGUAUUCUCAACGAUGAAACAAAGGGUUGAAGACGAGAAAGUCUACAAUCAAUUGCAGACGAGAAAUUUGCAGACAUUGAAAGCCCAGGUUGCAUCGCUCUAUGCCUCAGACAUGCACACCUCCAAGUCUUUACCGAUAACCGUGAUUGAAAUCCACGAACAGAGCUUGGAAGUGUUAAACGACAUUUUGGAACAAUAUGCAGAAACUUUCGUGGAUGGAUGGCACCUGGUUUUUGACUUGAUAUCCAGUGUUUUCCAGUCUCCCCUGGAUCCUGGAACUGGCGAUCAGUCUUCCACCCCGAUAGAGCGCAGAUUAUCGGCUCUGCCAGCAGGCCCUCGUCUGGUACGUGCGGCUUACAAGUCUUUGCACCUUGUCGCAUCCGACUUCCUUUCUCUGCUACCGGCGCCCUGUCUCUUGAGCUUGGUGAAUGCCUUCUCAAGCUUUACAUCGCAAACACAAGAUUUCAACAUCUCGCUCACCACCACCUCAUUUUUCUGGAACGUUUCCGACUUUCUCCAGGGCCAAAUUGAGCAGAUCUCAGUUGGACAUGUUGAUGCAUCCGUUAGCGAAGAAGAGCUAGCUGAAUUGGCUCAUGACGAGGAUCCCUCCGUUUCUCGAAACUCAUUGUGGCUGCUGCUGUUGCUUCGUAUCGUUGAUAUCACAAUAGAUAGUCGACCUGAAAUUCGAAAUAGCGCCGUCCAUACGCUUCUGCGCAUCUUCGAUGCCUAUGGGCAGCAGCUUUCCCCCGAAGCGUGGCGUCUGUGCCUGAAUAUGGUUCUCUUCAAGAUGGCCGAGGGAAUCGAGACCCCUCUGCUUCGAGCUAAAAAUAAUCGGAGCAAUGCAAGACCCGAGGACUUCAGGGCGUGGGUGGAUACGACAGUGGUCAUGAUCAAGGGCUUGUCAAAUCUGAUCACGAAUUUCUUCGAGACCCUUGUGCGCGACGAGAAGUUCGACCAGUCCUGGAAGCGACUUUUGAAGUACUUGCAAAGUCUGAUUGACUUGCAUAUUUUGGAUCUCAGCGAGGCAACCUUCUCUAGUCUCUCAGCGAUUCUCCUCCGGGUGCAAAACGGAGGUGAACUUAGCAACGAUGUUCUUGAGUGUGCUUGGCUUCUUUGGGCAAACGGACACCCUGCCAGUGAUGAGCAUAGGCUUGACUUAGACCAACCUAACCAGGAUGCUGCUUUAGCCUAUCUGCAUACAUUCCAACAGGUCUAUCGUCUUUAUAAAGACCAGCUGACCACGAAACACAUUGAAAAGGUCCUUCGCCAUCUAAGCUUGCUUGUGUGGAACUCGGUCUCCCCGCGCUACUCUCCAGAUGUCGACCGGCCUUCGGAGCUACAAGAGCUAGUCAUUGAUUGUAUCAAACUGCUCUGCCUGGAGAAAGAGGACUCCCAGCCGGAUAUUCUUUUGUGCCUUGCCGAACUAUCUGAUUCAGCACUAUCAAAAUGGAGCCCGGGCAGUGACACUCGAAGACCAGCGUUCGUGGCCUUCUCGAAAAGAACCAUGGAUCUUGUUAGCUGGUACAUUGCCGAAUUCGGCAUCAAGCAAGACGUAUUUACGAAUGGUGCUCUUGCAAACUCGCUCGCACACCUUGGUGCCCUGAUUGCGCAAAAGUACACAUGGCAAGGGAAGGACCGCCAGCCGUUCCUCUGGCAAAAGGCAACAAUAGUAUCUCUGAAUGUCCUCCAAGUCGCUGUCCCCUACGUCGAAAAGCAAUACACAAAGACAAACGAGUCUGAAUCAUCUCAGUUCUGGGAACGCAUCGUCGAGAUCACAAAUGGAAUUGUUUCCGCCCGUGGCUUCCAAGCCCACAAACUCCCCAACUCCCGAACCACCGCAGAUGAAGCAUUCGACAUCAACGCCUUCAUCCGCCUGAAGACUCUCAUCCUUCCAUCUCUCGGAGCAGCAGCAAUCCCAGACGCCGUACGCCGCGAUUUCGCCCGGGCUCUCUUCUACUCCUCCUUCAUCUACGCCCCCCUCCGCUUCGACCUACCCACCACCAGUCUCGAAAACGCACCCCUACAAGACUUCUACACCGUACGCCCCGGUCGUACCUUCGACUCACCGCCAACUCUGCGCCCGGGUAUAGCCUACGCCCUCAUAGACACGCUCUUCGAGCUCGCCGCGUACUCAGAAUCCAACGCCGAUAUCAAAACAGACGCCCCAUCCCCUCAAGCUCUGCUCGCACGCUCAGUCUCGCCCUACCUACUCCUGCGUUGUGCGGUCUCGCUCAAGUCCUACAUUGCAGACCAGCCAUUACGCGGCUUGAUGCCCCAGCCCACGCCGGCCCGCAAGGCCCUGCUCCAUCUACUCGUCUGCAUGGUCGAGCUGAAGAGUGAGCCAUCGGCUAUCCCAGAUCCGCCUUCACUGAAGACCGUCUCCGUUCUCGAGGCUGGGGAUGCGGAAGUGCACCACUAUCGGAAACAUCUCGAGUGGAUUUAUCCAUUAGUUGUGCGCGCUGUGCAGGUCGCUGGUAAAGAGCGUGAUGAUGGGCAAAUUCUCCAGGCGCUGGGAAGGGUGCUGCAAGAGAUCGGUCGGUUUGGGUAUCAGAACUAG